UCCUACAUUUAUACAUAGAAUUGGUGGGCAGAGACAGAGACAGAGACAGACACAGAGAAACAUGGACGGAAAUGAUGAUGAUGAUAAACAGGUCCAGUGGUCUACACUUCCGAAAGAUGUGAUACCCAUUCUCAGCAACCGCCUCGAAACUCGCAUCGACCUCCUCCGCUUCCGCUCCGUCUGUCGCUCAUGGCGCUCCUCCUCCGCCGCCUCUCUCUCUUCACCUCCUCUCUCUCUCCCCAACCUCCCUUUCCCCUUCUCUCCCCUCGCCGCCGACCCCCGCCGUGGCACCUUCACCGCCGCCGCAACCACCGUCUUCCUCCUCCAACCGUUCGACGAAAUUCCCCACAGAACUACUUCCCACUAUCUAAUCAAGGUCGAAGAAGAUGCCAAAACCCGUCUCGUCUGUCCAGUCUCGGACCUGGUCCAAACCCGUUUUCCCGCUGGGUUUCCGAAAGAAGUCAAUUUAUUGGAGUUUCGCAUAUCUCAAGUUCACAAUUCCUACACAUUUCGAAACCUCGAGCUAUUGAAUUGUAAGCCAAUCGAAGCUGGGCUUCCAUUUGUGAAGAAAAUUGUUGUUCUGGGUUCGAACCCAGAUAGUAGAAUCGUUGUUGUGGUGUAUGAGAUGUGGGAUUUGGAUGGAAGAUUGGCUAUGUUGAGAGUUGGAGACGAUUCAUGGACUCCAAUUCAUACCCGACACUUUGUUUGUGAUGAUGUUAUAGUCUAUAAAGGGAAUUUCUACACUGUUGAUCGAUCAGGCAGAGCUUUCGUGCUCGGCCCGAAUAUGAAUUUGAUUGAAAUUGCGCCACCGCCAACAAAUGAAAAUGGGAAGAAGAAGAAGAAGCAUUUGGUUGAGUCCAUUGGUGAUCUGCUUUUGGUUGAUAAGUAUUUUGAAUUACACGAAAGGAAUGUUUUUUACUACAAAGAUGGGAAAGAGAGGGUUAAGAGUAGUAAUCGUGAAAUGGUGUCUGAAAUGAGAGUUUAUAGGUUGAAUGUAGAUGAACAUAGAUGGGUUGAGCUGAGAAGCCUCGAAGAUCAGAUUUUGUUUGUGGGUGAUGAUUGUUCCUACUCUGUUUCGGCUAGGGACUUCUUGAAUGUGUUCUUGGUGGUUUUCAUGGAAAUUAUUGUUGUUUAUCAGAAUAACAACAACACUAGAAGAGAUACUGGUGCAAAGAAGGCUAUAGAAUUCGUUAUGACCAGAAAUGUUCUGAUGAGAUUAUCUCAAAUAUAG